CCAUAACGCAACACGUCGAGGGGAGGCUGGAAUUAUGAAGCGCUGUCACCAUGUCUAAAGCCACAGUGAAGAAGCUGCACUGGCGCUCAAAAGUGCAGGAGAGCUUUGUUCCCCUGGGCGGAGCCUCGGGGGAACUCGGCCUCGCCAUUGGUGGAGGGGCCGACUACGGCGAGUUCCCAUUCGUCACCGCCGCCCCCGGAGGCGGGGCCACGGUGGGCGACAUCAUCCUGGAGAUCGGUGGCACUCCCGUCCUGGGAAUGACCCUCGGAGAUGUGCGAGGGGUCCUCAACUCCUGUCCGCAUCCCAUACGCAUUAAGACCGUCUCCCCAGGUUCCACUCUAUGUAAGGACCUGAGGUUGUACCUCAGUAAGUGUUUCACCCCGGGCUCAAUGGACAGUCAACUCCAGCAAGUCAUCCGCGAGAACCUCUAUCUACGGGCUGUACCCUGCACGACCAGGCAGCCACGGGACGGGGAGAUCUCGGGGGUGGACUACAACUUCGUCUCCAUCGAGGAGUUCUUCUCCCUGGAGGAGUCUGGCGCUCUUCUGGAGAGUGGCAAGUUCAAGGGCAACUACUACGGCACUCCCCGACCGGUGCACAUAGGCCCGGAGAGUCCCCCCAUCACAUAUCAGGAGCAUCGCAACCUGCUAAGGAACUUCCGCACGCGCAGCAAAUCGCUCAGCAACCUGGAGAAGGCCGUGGAGGAAGGAGAGAACAGCGAGGAGGACUCGGGCCUUUCAGCAGGCUCUGCAGGAGCAAGCAGUGCCCCCACCACCAUCCUGUCCCCCAACCAGACGUGGGAGCCUGCCAGCCGGGACGGCAGCGGGCCCGAGAGCGGAGCAAGGGGCGGAGCCCUGCCCGAGAACUGGGAGAUGGCCUUCAGCGACUCAGGGGAGCCAUACUACAUCGAUCAUAACUCAAAGACAACCAGCUGGCUGGACCCGCGAGCGCAGAGCAAAGAGAUCGUCAGCAAGACAGAGUUGCCUGCAUUCACGGACCAGCCGUCGGAGCUGAAGGGCUAUUCGAUCCACACACGCCUCUCCAAGGGGCCCCGGGGCUUCGGGUUCAAUAUUGUGGGGGGCAGCCGGGCUCGGGAGUUCCUGCAGGUGUACAGUGUCACACCUGGGGGCCCGCCGGCUCUCAAGACAGCGGACCUCCUGGUCUACAUUAACGACACAUGCGUGCUGGGCUUCUCCCAUAAGGAGGUGGUGGAGAUACUGAAGGCCGUCCCCAUGGGCCUCAGCGUGGACGUGGUGGUGCGGCGCGGCUACCCCAUGCUUUACAACCCUGACGGCUGCCCCAAGAAACCCCAGCAGCUCACCGCCCCUCCCGUAGACCCCGGGGCGCCCCCCCACCUCUCCGGUGCGCACAACACCUCUGACGGCAGCCGCCACCAUCACCACCACCACCCACCUCUCGGCAUGACGCGCUCCCAGUCGCAACACAAUGGCGUCUACUCCAGGCCACGGGGAGGUGGUGGGCUGCCACUGGAUGCCAACGGCAACGCGAUGGCCGGAUAUGGGUUGGGGGCGCCGCCCUCGUACGGGAUGACCAAUGGGAACCCUCAAGGAGGGAGGUCCAUGGGUCUACUGCAGCAGCAUAGGGGUGAGGCUCCGAUGCCGCCCCCUGAGCGCAUGUCCUCUAGCCACAGCGACACUGAGGUCGCCUCCAUCAGCGGCGCUAAGAGGCUGCUGCACCAGAGCUCCAAGUCAUCAGAGAGCGACCUCUCCUGUUCGGCUGGCAUGACCAUCGCCAAGCUGCCCCUGCCGCAGCCUGAGGUCGGCUCGGCCCCGACGCCGGGUGCCCCUAUCAACAGCAGUGGCGGCGGCAGCCAGCAACAGCGGCCCCUCAUGCCCCAGACCUCGCUCAUCGUCACCCCGCCCGCCGAGGUUACGCCGUGCGGCUUCAACGGUUGCCCGGCCAACAGCCACCCCCGCACCAGCCCUGGCAGCCUGACGUCUCCAGGAGCGCCAGGGAGCGGGGGCGGCGGAGGGGGAGGGGGAGCAGGGGGCGAGCUGGUGCCCGUGGCCCUGGGGAAGAGCGAGGGUGGGGGCAUGGGCUUCAGCGUGACGGCUGGGGGGCAGGGGGGCCAGCUGGCUAUGGUGAAGCGCGUGUGGGACAGGCGGCAGUGCCCCUCCCUGCAGGCAGGGGACGCCAUCAUCAAGAUCAAUGGUGCUGACGUGCAGAGCCUCAGCUUUGCGCAGGUCCAGAGAGUUCUACAGGAGCAUAUUGUACAAGGAGAGGUUGUGCUGCUGGUUUACAGAGGAGGCAAGUAUCAAGUCAACCGCCGGCCUGGUGCCAUCUCCCCCAACUUCUACAAGCGCAUGCCACACACGUUCAGCUCCUCCUCCCUGCCUCAGACCUCGCCGGACCUGCUCUCCCCGUCCUCGGACGGCACGGCGCCCACCCCCAACGCCCUCUCGCCCACCUCCCCCUCCGGCGAGGCCUCCUCCAUGGUCCAGAGCACCAGCUUCCUGGACUCCAUCCCCGUCACCCUCACGCUGGAGCCCCGCGACUGGUUAGGGGACGAGGUGGGCAGCGGAGGGGGCAGCGGUAGCGGCAGUGCAGGCAGUGGUAGUGGCACGGUGUCCAAAAGCCAGCCUGGGAGCCGCAGGGCCAGCCUGCCCGCCAAGGUGGGCCUGGAGGUGGAGUUGAGGAGGAGACCCGGAGAGGGUUUUGGCUUCGUCAUUGCCUCGCAGGACAUCAUGAAUGGAGCGUCCUCCCUGUUGUCGCACCGCUUCGUGACGGUGCGUCGGGGCAGCCCUGCGGCACGGAGUGGGCAGAUCCAGCCAGGGGACGAGCUGGAGGCGGUGGAGGGCCGCUCGGUGAUCUCCCUGCCCCAUCGCGACCUCGCCCAGAUCCUGCGCCGCGCCGGCAACACCCUACGCCUCACCAUCAUCCCCCGCUCCAACACAAACACCACUAACCUGUCAGAGUACGCAGACUUUGACUCUGACCACAGAUCACGGAAAGGUCACAGGGCCAGAUCGAAGCAAGACUCCAGGUAUUACAGUGUGGACCUGGAGCGAGGCCCCACAGGUUUCGGCUUCAGCCUGAGGGGGGGCAGUGAGUACAACAUGGGCCUCUAUGUGCUGGGCCUCAUGGAGGGGGGGCCGGCCUCGCGCAGCCAGAAGAUCCAGGUGAGCGACCAGCUGGUGGAGAUAAACGGGGACAGUACGGUGGGCAUGACCCACAGUCAGGCCGUGGAGCAGAUCCGCAAGGGGGGACACCGCAUACACCUGGUGCUCAAGAAGGGGAACGGCUAUGUGCCCGACUAUGGUACACAAAUGUUUCUGUCCAGCCUCUCUCUCUGUAUGACCAACUCCAAGCAGGGUGAGCCCUGCUUCUAUGUCAUCGGCCGGACAGAGAAUACGCGGUUGGUAGCCGUUCCUGUUAGUCUCAUCUUUUUCUUUUCAGUUCUUCUUCCUUUCUUUCCUUUCUUUUUUUCCCCUCCUCACAUGCCUUUUUUGCUUUUUUCUGUUCUGUGGUCGUGAACGUUCGUACGUUCGUUUGUUUGUGUUGAUUUCAUGUUUUUGUUCAUUUGUCUGUCCGUUCGCUGGCUCGUUCACGCGCUCACUCGUGCGAUCGUUUGUUCUCC